AUGUCUUCAUCCUGGAAAGAAAGCCAACAAAGUGAUCCUCACCGGCAAGAUCGUGAGCAUCAAAGCGCGAUAAUCACGAUCCACACUCUGCUGAGCGACAAUGCUACAACACCCGAGCAAGCGGCCAGAGACAUCACGUCAAGCUACGAGCCUCGUCUUCUAGCCGGCAAGACCGACUUGUGCUCGCUGUGGUAUCUGAUCAUGUCUGCAAUACUACAUCCAGAGACCACAGACCAAGACCUUGAGACACUUGUCGAGAUGCUUGUACAUAUGUCACGCUCGCCUGAUGUUGUAGUCGACGGCAAGAUUGUCAAAGAAAAUGGUCGAGAAUACUGGCAUGACCUUCCCGAACUAAGUUUCUGGUUCAUGGAAUACGCGAUGAGCGUAAACACUGUCGAAAGUAUCGACGAAGGACGAACCCAGAUAACGUGGUCCGGACAAGCAAGACGAUUCGAAGUGGCCAAUCGCUUCGGAGCAAUAUUGCUACACCACAUCGAUGCAAAUCAUUCCCCGAGGGUCUCUAGAGGGUUCCGUCAAUUGGCUCUGGAAACGAUCCGAGACGCAUUGGAAGUCAGCAUUGAAUCAUCAGCUCAAGUCCGACGAGCAGGUAUCUACAUUCCUGCAGCUGCUCAAUGGUUUCUCCAUGCCAGUCCGCAAAUCUGGCAAUUUAGCAAGAACAAAGAAGGAUAUGAAGGUGAGAAAAUUUGGAAGGAAUGGCUUGGUGGCAGUGAUGGGAGUAAGCCUACAUGGGUCGGGGACGAUGGAUUUAGCGUUGAAAGGUGGAUAUUUUGGAAAGAGCAACUUGUGGAAGUGCUGGAGGUUGAAGAGAGAGGUGGACGUGUUGUUGACAAUAUUGUCGAUCAUGCGAAGAGAGCGAUAAAGGCUAUGAACGAUGUUGAGCAGGAGAAUGCGUAG